CAUGCCAAAGAAAGGAAGGAGACAGACUGGAACAGAAGAGGAACACCUGACACCAUGCAAACAAGCAAAAGUGGAAACAGCGUGUCCUUUGCUUACGAAAUGUGACCAUCCAAAAAGUAUGUUUGCAAGUUUGAUCUUUCCCAUCAAACCAGAGGUAUUUUUCAGAGACUACUGGGAGCAGAAGCCGCUGCUUCUUAAGAGAGAGAACCCCUCCAUGGCAUCCUGCUAUCAGUCUUUGUUUCAAUUAACUGACCUGAAAAGCUUAGUCAACCGGGGUUUAUGUUACGGAAGGGAUAUCAACGUCUGCAAAUGUGUGAAUGGGAGAAAGAAGAUUUUUAACAAAGAUGGCAAAGUCAGCUACGCACAGCUAAAGAGAGAUUUUGAUCAGAAAAAAGGAACAAUACAAUUUCAUCAGCCCCAGCGAUUCAAGGAUGAACUUUGGAGAAUCCAGGAGAAAUUGGAAUGCUUCUUUGGCUCACUGGUUGGAUCUAAUGUUUAUAUUACCCCUCCAGGGUCUCAAGGCCUGCCUCCACACUAUGAUGACGUUGAGGUGUUUAUUCUGCAGCUAGAAGGAGAGAAGCACUGGCAGCUGUACCAACCUACUGUGAAUCUAGCUCAGGAAUACAAUGUUGAACCUGAGGAUAGAAUAGGAACUCCAACACAUGACUUUUUAUUAAAGCCUGGAGAUCUGCUAUAUUUUCCAAGAGGAACCAUUCACCAAGCUGACACACCUCCUGGGGUGUCUCAUUCUACCCACGUGACCAUCAGCAUGUGUCAGAACAACUCUUGGAGAGAUUUCUUGUUGGAUGUCAUUCCUGGACUUGUGUUGGAUUCAGCAAAAGACGACAUUGACUUUCGGAAGAGUAUACCAAGACAGUUACUGAUGAAAAUGGAUUUGUCUGAAUCGUCCAAGAGACUAAGUGGUUUCCUGAGACAUCUUGCAGACCAGCUGGAAAAUGGCAGAGAGCUGAAGUCAUCUGACAUGAAAAAAGAUUUCAUUAUGAACAGACUACCUCCCUUCUUUCUGAAUAGCUUUGACCCUUUGGCUCCAGGAGGAAAGCUACCCAAAGUUGACAGCACGAUCAGAUUACAGUUUAAAGACUACACUGUAAUUACAGUGGGACCGGAUCAAGAUCCUUUGGAUGAUACACACAAAGAGAUGAUUUAUAUCUAUCACUCCUUAAAAAACAAGAGAGAAGCGCACAUGAUGGGGGAUGAAGAUACGAAUGAGGAAGGAAUACCCCAGACUCAUGGGUUACGGUUUCCACUCUCACAUAUGGAUGCACUGAAGCAAAUCUGGAGCUGCAAUACGAUCUGUGUGAAGGAAUUGCUUCUGCCUUCAGAUGCAGAGAAAGAAAACUUGGUAGUAUCAUUGUGGAGCGAGUUGCUUAUUGAAGUAAUCUGAAGGUGUAAGCUGGCCAACAU